AUGAGUCAGCCACCAAGAACACCUAGCCCUCAACUUAUCUCUGUUCUGACUUCUCCUCCCCGGCACCAAUCAGGGGGUGCGCUCAAACUCAGAAAAAAUAACCCAAGGAAAUAUGCCGCAUGGAAUGCGUUUAAAGUGAUCAAACGAGUGCCGGAAGGCAGUAAAAAGAGUACCUCAAAAGACUCUUCGUUUUACAAGCGCGGCAAAUCUACGAAAGUAAAAAGCAAUCCCGUUAAAAUACAAAAACAGACACCUCAACUAGCUCAACAGAUAGUAGCUACCUCCACGAAGGUCAAAGGUGAUUCGAGUAAAUCUUCUUUCCAGAAUCACCAGGCUGUGACAAAGGACCCAGAUCCAGAGCUUGAGCACAACACCAUGAAGUAA